GGCCGCCUCAUCCCCAUCCCGCAGCCGGGCGGCUGCCGAAGAGGCGGCGGCGGAGGAGGCGGCGCUGACGCAGCAGCGUGGAGCCCGGCGCUCGGGCGGCCCGGGAAGGCUCCCGCCGCUGGAUCUCCCCCCAGCCGGGGCCUGCGGUAGCCCUGCGGCGCGGGAGCGCGCCCCGGACCGGACACUGAUCCCAUGACGCAUGCCCGGAAGAAGCAACUUUUCCUGCUGAAGCAUCCCGCUGGCCGAGCUGGCCGAGCCCCGUCGCCAGCAGGCAGCAGGAGGAUGGACAGGACGGAGGCAGAGUGUGGCGAGCAGAGGGGCGGCGACGCGGCCGAGGCUCCCGGGCGUCCCGGCGGCGUUGUGGCGACCGCCAGAGGCAGGACCGCGCCGGGGGUGCGCAAGACGUACCCGCUGAGGAGACGCCUGCUGCCCUCCGUCAGCAAAAAGACCUGCAAGGUGCUCCUCACCAGGCUGGAGGAUGUGGCCGGGUCUCUGUCCAAACAGACCCAGGGCGGUAAGAAAAAGGACCUUUCCGGCUGGAUGGAGGGUUUGGGACCCGCCCUGUUCCCCGAGCAGGCCCAGCCAGCGGGAGCGGGGAAGAGCGAUCCGGCAGCUUGCCCGGGGCCAGAGCUCGGCAGCGCUCCGGCGGAGCCCAGGAAGCGCCGGCUGGCCUCGCUGAACGCGGAGGCCGUCAACAACCUGCUGUUCGAGCGCGACGAGGGGCUGUCGGCGGGCAGGCGCUGCCGGAGGGACUCGCCGAAGGGCUGCGCCGGCAAGAGCCUGCAGUGCGGAGCCGGCCACGGCUGCCCCGCGCCCCACAAAGCGGCCGCCAGAGCGGGCAGAGGCCGGGGCCGGCACGAGCCCGGUGCGGAAUGCGACGGCUGUGAGCACGCGCCGGACGAGGUGUUUGACGACGGCACGAAGAGGGAGGACGGUGCCGUGUCCUACCACCCCGCCCCGAAGAGGCUGGCCAGCCUGAACGCCGCGGCCUUCCUGAAGCUGACCCACGAGAAGGAGCAGCCCCUGAAGCAGAGGAGCCGGUCGGACGGAGAGGGCAGGUCCGAGAACCAGUGCUCCAAAUCCACGCUCAAGUGGGCCAAAGCCGGCAGGAAGAACUGCGUCAAGGGCAGGAAGGAGCCGGCGGGCUCCAAAGCCGAGGCUCGGCAGGGCUGGCGGGGGCCGGGCGCCGCGGCGAAGGGGGAGCAGCGCGACCCCGCCAGGCUCUACGCGCCUACAGAGCCCGUCCCUCACGAGUCGCUGUCCAGCUCCUACGCCAGCACGGAGGGUUUCUACCACAGACUGCCUUUGCUCAUGGGUGGCCAAGCUUCCAUGAAGCCGGAGUACGGGAGACCGGGAGAGAAGUCCCCGACCCCUAAGCAGGAGUUUCAUCAGCCUUCCUUUCCCGUGCAGCAGUUCCCUCCCCUGCCUGUGCCUGGAAACCACGCGGACUGCGGCUGUCUCUACGAGUCCUCGGAUCUGACUCCGCUCAACGGGUUUUACGUGUGUUACGGCCAAAGUGGAUACGGUGGCUACUCCCACUGCUCCGUGUACCCCAAGGACGAGCUUCCGCAGCCCGCCGCCUGCGAGGGGCUCCUGGUGGCGCCCGGUUCCUUGCCGUCGGGCGCUCGUUUCCAGCCCCUCCACUGGUGCAGCUCCCCGUACUGCUGCGGGGAAGGAGCGGCGCUGAGCAGCUACAGCGUGUGCGGGGUGCUGCACGUGCCGGAGGGCAGGGUCAGCGGCGUGCACGCGGGGCGCAGCGGGUACCCCUGCAAGAUGCCUUUUGCAGCAGAAGGCUGCAAGUCUCUGGACCAGCUGAACCUCACAAUCCCCGUGGCAGGGCACCCCGCGUCGCCUGCCCACCCGCUCUCAGGAUGCCCCGUCCCCAGCGUGCCGCCGGCUGCCGAGCCCGUCCCUCACCUGCAGACCCCCAACUCUGACCCUCAGACCAUGGCCCGAGAAUGCCCCCAGAGCUCCAAGCCGCCCAGCGGCUCCAAGUCCGGGCUGCGGAACAGCCCCGGCUGCCUGCACGCCGCGGACAGCUCGGCGGCCGGCGGCCACGCGCACCCCAAGCAGCCGCGGCUCGGCCGGCGCAGGGCCACCAACGGCUGGGUCCCCGUCGGCACCGCCUGCGAGAAGGCCGUCUACGUCGUGAACGAGCCGGAGCCGGCCGUGCGCAAGAGCUACCAGGCUGUGGAGCGGGACGGCGAGAUCAUCCGCGUGCGAGACACCGUCCUGCUCAAGUCGGGGCCCCGCAAGAAGUCCAUGCCCUACGUGGCCAAGAUCUCGGCGCUGUGGGAAGACCCCAAGACAGGGGAGCUGAUGAUGAGCCUCCUGUGGUACUACAGGCCCGAGCACACUCAGGGAGGCCGCAACCCCAGUAUGCACCAGAACGAGAUCUUUGCUUCCCGGCAUCAGGAUGAAAACAGCGUUGCCUGCAUAGAGGAGAAGUGCUACGUGCUGACCUUUGCAGAGUACUGCAGAUUUUGUGCCUUGGCAAAGCGUCGUGUGGAGGGGCUCCCGGGCAGGAAGAGCGUGCUGGUGCCUCCCUCGGAGGAGUAUUCCACGCCCCUGCACCGCAAGGUGCCCGAGGACACUGACCCCGAGCUGGUGUUCCUGUGCCGCCACGUCUACGACUUCCGCCACGGCCGCAUCCUCAAGAACCCGCAGUAGCUGCUGCCCAGCGCUCAGCCACCCCCUGCUGCCCUGCCACUGGCCUGGGGCUCUGUGUGCAGCACAUCCCCUGCUCUCACCUCCCCCCAGCCUGGGGCUCUGUGUGCAGCACAUCCCCUGCUCUCAUCCUCCCCUGGGCCUGGGGCUCUGAGUGCAGCACAUCCCCUGCUCUCACCUCCCCCCAGCCUGGGGCUCUGUGUGCAGCACAUCCCCUGCUCUCAUCCUCCCCUGGGCCUGGGGCUCUGUGUGCAGCACAUCCCCUGCUCUCAUCCUCCCCCCAGCCUGGGGCUCUGUGUGCAGCACAUCCCCUGCUCUCAUCCUCCCCUGGGCCUGGGGCUCUGUGUGCAGCACAUCCCCUGCUCUCACCUCCCCCCAGCCUGGGGCUCUGUGUGCAGCACAUCCCCUGCUCUCAUCCUCCCCUGGGCCUGGGGCUCUGUGUGCAGCACAUCCCCUGCUCUCACCCUCCCUGGGCCUGGGGCUCUGUGUGCAGCACAUCCCCUGCUCUACCCUCCCCUGGGCCUGGGGCUCUGUGUGCAGCACAUCCCCUGCUCUACCCUGCCCUGGGCCUGGGGCUCUGUGUGCAGCACAUCCCCUGCUCUCAUCCUUCCCUGGGCCUGGGGCUCUGUGUGCAGCACAUCCCCUGCUCUCAUCCUCCCCUGGGCCUGGGGCUCUGUGUGCAGCACAUCCCCUGCUCUACCCUCCCCUGGGCCUGGGGCUCUGUGUGCAGCACAUCCCCUGCUCUACCCUCCCCUGGGCCUGGGGCUCUGUGUGCAGCACAUCCCCGGGGAGAGGCAGCAGUGCAAAGCACUUCACAGAGGUGGAAGCACAGGCCUGUGCAAUGCAGAGAUGUGCACAGAUGCACUGGCACGUGGAGAUCUGUGUCUGGAGGUGCCUGUGUUGCAGGGUCUGCAGGGGACAGCAGCCAGUCAGACCAUGGCUGGUGGGGAUGGCGAGGAGCAGCAGGGGAUGCCCAGGCAGCGUACAGCCCCACUGGGACAGCCCGUGGGCUCCUGCCCCUGUGAAGCAGGACUGAGGCCAGUUCCGUGGCACAGCACAGGCCCUGAGGGUUCCCAGAGCUGGGAGCUGCCUCAGAGGCAGCACAGUGGCAGCAGCCUGGCUGCAGAGGGCCUGGGCCUGCCGGGGAGGUUUGGCUCUGCAGGGCAGGACGUGGCCGCUGCUGUCUCUUGGUGCUCUCUUGCCCUCGGCUGCUCCGUGAGGCGCUGCCUGCACUGGGCCUUGGCAGCCAGGCUUGGACACGUGCUCCAGGGAGAGCAGAGGGGCAGGGUGGCUCCUGGGCUCCCGGGCUCUGUGUCCCAGGCCGCUGUUAGGGACUCGCCCCAGGGCACCCUGUGCCCACCAGCCUGUUGCUCAGAGCCUGGGGGCACAGAGCGGGCUGUGCCAGGGAGAUCCACGUUUUCUCUUCCGAGUUGCUGUUCCUCUACCAGCUUCAGGGGCCACAGUGAUACAAGGGGGCUUCACUCUUUCUUCCCAGUGUAUUUUGCUGGAUCAUCAUUGCCAGUGCCCGUUGACCCCCUUCUGCCUGCCUGGGACAGCUGCUGGAGCCACUGGCAGAGCUGUCAUGGCACUGCCCUGCAGCCUCCCCCUUCCCAGCUCAUCCCAGCUUCCUCCUCCCAGCUCAUCUCAGCUCAUCCCAGCUCUCAGCCUCCCCCUUCCCAGCUCAUCCCAGCUUCCUCCUCCCAGCUCAGCUCAUCCCAGCUCUCAGCCUCCCCCUUCCCAGCUCAUCCCAGCUUCCUCCUCCCAGUUCAUCUCAGCUCAUCCCAGCUCUCACCUUCCUCCUCCCAGUUCAUCUCAGCUCAUCCCAACUCUCAGCCUCCCCCUUCCCAGCUCAUCCCAGCUCUCAGCUUUCUCCUCCCAGCUCAUCUCAGCUCAUCCCAGCUCCCACCUUCCUCCUCCCAGCUCAUCCCAGCUCUCAGCCUCUCCCAUCCCAGUUCAUCCCAGCUCAGCCUCCCCAUCCCAGCUCAUCCCAGCUCUCAGCCUCCCCUUCCCAGCUCAUCCCAGCCCCCAGCAAGCUCACCAAAGUGGCUGUUGUGGCUCCUGAGGGAACAGGGAGAGGUUCACACCCGCCAAAGCCACCCGAGCCCCGCCGGCGCUGCCUCUUGCCUUAGUGUCUGGAUGUCAGCCAGCCCUUACUGGUGUGGGUGCAAACCGUUGGGGCGAGGCCAGAGCGGGGCAGGGGGCAGGGGGCAGCCCCUGGAGCCCUCACACGGCGCCGGGAGCCCGGUGGCAGGAGGGUUGGCACCGGCUGAGCCCCGCUGCGGCUGCUGGAGUCGCCCACUCCCACGAGGGAGCUGCAUGUCCCUGAGCUCCCGGGGCUCUGCUGUCGCUGCUGGAGGUGUCCACGGUGCUCUCGUUGCCCUGGCAGUGGUGCUGCCUGUUCCCUCGCUGGGGACACGACGGGGGCUCCUGGCACCUGCACAGAAACCCCCCAGCGCCAGAUCCCCCACGUGGAAGCGGUUUGGUAACACAGGAGCUCUCCAGACAUUCUCUCCACAUACCAAAGAGGGGAAUGUGUCCAGAAGACCACGACUUGAGGGAGGAGCUGAGCAGGGCCGGCAGCAGGCGAGGGCACAGCUCUCCCUGCCCUCGCUGAGCCCCGCUCCGUGUCGCAGGAGGGGCUGCAAAAGCCCUUGUUGCUCCUGCCUGUGUGUGCCAGGGAGCAGCCCCAGCUCCAGGAGGCUGGGCCCCGGGUGUGCAAGGAAGAGCUUGUCUCGUUCAUACCUCAAGAUCCCGUUAGAGGAAUUGCUGAGCUUUCUCCUGGGGCACUGGUGUCUCGGUGUGGCGGUGCUGGGCAGGGCAAGGUGCAGGGGGCCUUGGGGAAAGGGGUCUCUGCUGCUGGGGAGGACACGAGGUGCCUCUCCUGGGCAGGGAGGGAGGGUGCUGGGGAAGCAGAGCUGCUCCUGGCCCUGAGCAGAGGGGCAGAGUGUGGGGGGCUGAGCCGCCGUGCCCUGGGGGCUGGGUCAGGGCUCCUUGGUCACCUGCUGCCACCUCCCUGCGGCAGAAGUGCCGCCAGACACGAGAUGCUCCACCAGGCAAACCCUGAGCACUGCUGCACGGGCAGGGAAGGGUUUGAAACCCAGCCUUGGAAACCACCGUCAGCCGCUGCAGCCCCUCCGGAGCCCUCCCCAGCUCCCGGCUCUGCCCCGGCCCCUGGGCUGGCUCUGGGGCUGCUCUGGCCCCUCUGCACAGGCCAAAGCUGCUCCUGCUGCCAGGACCCGCCGCUGGGGCGGCUGUGGAGGUGGCUGUGGUGGCUGAUGCUGUUGUGCAGGCAGCAUGUAAAUGAGUUGCAAUGUCUUACCCACGAUGAGAAGAUUUCAUGCUUUUGUAAUCUAUUAGAUAUGGAGAUAUUUUUUUGACACCUGAAAAUGCAGCUGGUAGAGUUUAAAUGGAAACCUAACACAUGUAAAAUAUAUUUUAGCUGAUAAUUUUGUAAAA